AUGAACUCGAGCCUGCGCCUAGAAAACUCGGCCUACAGUAAGGACAACCCUCAGGAUCCAAACAACAACUCGGCCUUCAGUAAAGACAACCCUCAGGAUCCAAACAACAACUCGGCCUUCAGUAAGGACAACCCUCACGAUCCAAACAACAACUCGGCCUUCAGUAAGGACAACCGGCAGGAUCCAAACAACAACUCGGCCUUCAGUAAGGACAACCCGCAGGAUCCAAAUAACAACUCGGCCUUCAUUAAGGACAACCUGCAGGAUCCAAACAACUCGGUCGUCAGAUCAUUCAAGCCAGAUGAUGAUGAUGAUGAUGACAGUCUCUUUGAUGAGUCUACAGAAUCAGACAAUGACUAUGAUUCUAUAUUUGAUGCCUCCAAAGUUUAA